AUGCUCCUCAACCCCAGGGCCUACAAGAAGCAAUUACAAAAGAAUGGUAAGGACCCAGAUAUCCUUUCGUGCUUGUCAGGGUUGCAACAAGAUCACUGCACUGGCCCCGAUUCCCAAAAUGCACCCCAUACUCUCCACUCGUCGUACAGACGAUCCCCCACCCCUCCCGAGGAUCCUGAAGGCUCCGAUUCAGAAGGCUUACUUGCCACCACAGUAGGCCAGCAGGGAACAAAUAGCCAGCAGCGCGAUAUCGCCCCAUCUAUGACACCGCAAGGCACGGCCGUCGCAGACCGUCUACUUAGCCCGCAGCGUCCGUCCUCCCAUCGUGCAAGCCGAUCGCGGGCGCAGUAUCCUUCAUCGGCUGGGUCGACGAAUACAAGCACAUCCCCUCAAUCCUCGACGCACGUCACCCCGGAAAUCGAUGUGCAGUUUACAAAUACCUCUGGCGUGGACGAUUGCGACGGGAAACGGAGCGCGCGUUUCGUUGAACUCAGCAACGAUGCCGACUUGAGGCCUGGAAGCCUAAUCGAAAAUAUGUAUGGGGUAGAACGCCGAGCGGGUAAUCCGUACAAGCGAGUGAAAACAGAGCAAGAGAAAAUUGAGAAAGCGAAAAGAGGAUUUACUGUGGGGAACAGCGAACUUGGAGAAUAUAUGAGGAAGGAUGACGGAGGGACUGGGAUUUCCACUGCGAUUACUCCAGAUAUUGUUGAUCUGACCAUUGAUGCAUCGGGAAGCAACGAUGAUGACGACCUUCAAGUGACGGGCUCCAAUAACCUCAGCGUACAGAGAGUAUGUUAUGGAAAGUUGGAAAAUGCCACAAUUCAGGCGUCUUUGAUUCCUAUGCCAGCGCCGCAAACAAUCCUUGGGGACAUAGCGCACUGGCCCUCGAUGAAGCUUGGAGUUCAUCGGCAAGCGGGCCAAACCAACAACCGCAUUGAGGUCUCCGAUCCGAACGGGAAAGUCUUCGGUGUCGUCGAUUCCAGAACCGCCGCGGUGAUAGUUCCCCUCCUGGAUUCUCCAGCUCUUAAGGUUGAGAUUGCGGCGCGUCUGGAUGUGCGAAAGAAACUACCAAACGAAGUGCCGUGGACCCCUUGCUCGUCUAUUUUCCGAGCUUCGAUAAAUCUUUACGGCCUCCGUCAAGAUGCGGAAAAGGUGGGCAACUACCUUGGCCAGAAUAAUGUCUGGCUUGCCACCCCGUUCUCUGUUGAACAAGGAGUUCCUGUCUUUAAUCCUCAUGCCGAGAGAAGGCGCUUGCAACCGUCAUAUGCGCCGACAGGGUCACAACGAAACCGGUCGGGCGUGAACUAUGAAGUAAGGUCCGCUGAAGAAGUGACCGAUGCAGUUAUGAAAAUGUUCGAUCAGCUCCAAAGUGCAGACAACCUCCCUGAAAUGGACCCCCCGGCGGUUGUUACCACACCACUUCUUCGCCAUCAGAAGCAAGCAUUGUGGUUCAUGACGGAGAAAGAGGCCCCUCGGAAAUUCGGGCCCAAAGAGGAGGACAACAACUCCCUCUGGAGGGAAGAGUAUAGCGCCAAUGGAACUAAGAAGUACCGUGAAGUCAUUAGCGGCAUCGUUCUUGACCAGGAGCCACCGCAAAGUCUGGGCGGGCUGUUGGCCGAUAUGAUGGGUCUGGGAAAGACUCUAAGCAUUCUGUCUCUGGUGAUCUCCUCGCUCGCGCAGGCCCAGGAAUGGGCGCGCAUGAUUCCACAACCGGGACUGGUGAAGAGCCGGCCUGGGAUUCGAAACACUAAGACCACUCUUCUUGUGGCACCCCUCAGCACCGUUAACAAUUGGGUUUCGCAAGUCAAAGAACAUCUGCGAGAUGGCGCACUUACGUCGUAUGUUUUCCAUGGUUCAUCUCGAACUACGAGCGUGGAUGAAUUGUCUAAAUAUGAUUUGGUGAUCACGACGUAUAGUAUCGUUCUAAGUGAGCUUUCUGGCCGCGGCUCGAGGCGAGCAGGGUCAAGCCCGCUGACCAAAAUGAACAUGUUUCGCAUUGUUUUAGAUGAGGCCCAUACGAUUCGGGAGCAAAGCGCGGCCCAAACGCAGGCAAUUUUUCGGUUGAAUGCGCAGCGUCGUUGGUCAGUAACUGGCACGCCAAUUCAGAACCGGUUAGAUGAUUUGCUUUCGGUCACCAAAUUCCUAGGAAUCUAUCCGUAUGAUGAUAGGAGUCGAUUCAAUAUGCAUAUUCUAAGCCGGUUCAAGACAGGCGAUGCAACUGUUCUCGCAAGUCUGCGCGUCUUGGUAGACUCAUUUACGCUCCGCCGAGUCAAGGAUAAGAUCGAUCUGCCAGCGCGACACGACAAGAUUGUGAUGCUUGAAUUCAGUGAGUCAGAGGCACAGCUGCACGAGUUCUUCCGCAAGGAAUCAAACGUGAUGAUGCGGGUGAUUGCAGGAGAAGAUAAGAGCAAAAUGAAGGGUCGCAUGUACCACCACAUUUUGAAGGCCAUGAUGAUUCUCCGUCAGAUUAGCGCACACGGCAAGGAGCUUCUGGAUAGUGAUGAACGAGCGCGGAUUAAGGGCUUAAGCGUGCACGAUGCCAUCGACCUUGAAGAGGGACCUAGCGCUGACGCUGUCGCUACUGACAAGAAGGCGUACGAAAUGUUCACCCUAAUGCAAGAAUCAUCAGCCGAUAUGUGUGCCAUCUGCAGCAAACGUUUGGAGGAGCCAAAUCCAGACGCAAACGGUUCAUCCGUUCCUGGAAAAGUUGACAUUAUCGCCUUCAUACUGCCUUGUUUUGAUGUUCUCUGUCCAGAAUGCUUCUCCGGUAGGAAGCAGGUGUUCAACAACAGAGUCGGAGACCAGGAUUCUUUCGACGUCAAAUGUGAUGUUUGCGAAGGCUGGAUUUCAGCAUCGUACUCGGCGAUCACGGCCGCCGGUCUACAGGAUUACUUGAUGGAACAAGCGCGAGAAAAACAAACUCGAAAGCAAGCCAAAGUCUUAGGCGAGUACGAAGGUCCGCACACUAAAACCAAAGCACUAUUAUCGCAUCUCCUCGCGACGGCAGAAGAGAGCGCAAAGCUGCCCGAGGGCGAAGCCCCAAUUAAGAGCGUUGUCUUUUCUGCCUGGACCUCUCAUCUCGACCUAAUUGAAAUUGCGCUCCGAGACCAGGGAUUAACGGGAUACACCCGGCUCGACGGAACAAUGAGCUUACCAGCGCGCAACAAAGCGCUCGAUAACUUCCGCGAUGACAAUAAUACCACUAUUCUCCUCGCGACUAUCGGAGCUGGAGGGGUGGGCCUCAACCUCACCGCCGCGUCGCACGUUUACAUCAUGGAGCCGCAAUAUAACCCGGCGGCCGUGGCGCAGGCAAUCGACCGCGUGCACCGGCUCGGACAGACGCGCGAGGUCACGACUGUGCAAUUUAUCAUGAAGGACAGCAUUGAGGAGAAGAUCGCCGAGCUGGCGAAGAAGAAGCAGCAAUUGGCUGAUAUGAGUCUGAAUCGGGGAAAGCUGGAUAAGGCCGAGGUUCAGGAACAGCGAAUGAGGGAAUACCGCAGUUUGUUCAAAUGAUUUGUUUUCUUAUCCCAAAAGGGGUUAUGUCGCGCGGUUUCGGUUGGUCACGUUUGGUCCGGUUGAGUUUGGCUUCGUAAUAAUGAUACCCAAAUCUUCUGUUUUGUUGCCUAUUGUCAUUUCGAUUCCUAUUUUGUUAUUCCCCCAUCUCAUUGAUUGUUAAUGCAUCAAGGAUCAUGUUUUUAGAACAAAGAGAUGACGCAAGUCACGGACGGCAUCAUAGCUA